CAGAAAUCUGAAUCAGCGACGCGAAUUUAGCAAGAGAAGGGGAGACAGGAAGGCCGCAAUCUGUCCGUCAGUCUUGGGGGCGAAGCGAUGCGUUGUAGGUCUGACCGCGGCGCACGUGGCGGGAAGAGGAGUGGCGGGCUGACUUUCUUCCGUGUUUAGUCUGAUUUCCCUUGUGUAGUGCUUGCUGGGAGUAUCCUGCAGGCGCGCCAAGUACGACCAAGUGUUCAAGAUAAGGGAAAGAGGGGCAAGAAUUGAGUGCAAAGAGAAUAAAUAAACAGAAAAAAUAUACCACGAGGAGGAGGCAGCAGGCCAAGUACUCUUCUGAAGUUGACAGUGAGAAAGAGUAGUGGCCUGGAGGAAGUGGAAAACUCAAUAAUAAAGAAGAGGAAAGGGAAGUAGACAAUAGUGGAAGCGAAGGACGAGCAACAACGGCAAAAAAAAAAAAAAGCAAAGUUAUAUAAAGAGCAGAUUAUUGAAGGUAGAGGAGUAGGAAGAGUCACCCUCCGCCUGUCACAGCUCCUUAGAAGUGCUGCACCGUCACUGUGUCAAGGUUGUUGCUGAAGAACGAGACGGAUUGAAGAGAGGACGCCUGCCACACCCGCCACUACCCGCCCCGCCCCGCUCUGCCCCGCCCCGCCCCACGCCGCGCCGCGCCACACCACGCCGCAGGGAGCAGCACGUCACCUCCAGUGUCACACACACACACACACACACACACACACACACACACACACACACUGCUAAGCUAAGCAUCGAACAGACAAAAAGGUACAAAACCUAGAAACAAAACAAUCAAAAUGAACGGACGGGGCAAGUCUAUACGUCUGUGCGUGGUGUUCGUGAUGGCUGGCGUCCUGACAGUGAUGUGUCUGACGCGCACCACCGUCACCAUCCCCACCAGCGUCAGCCACUACCUUGAUAUUGUGAUUGCCAUCCUGAUGGUGGUGCUGAUGCUGUGCGUACUGGAGCUGUGCCUGGGCGUGGAGCUGUGCAGCGACCCCUGCUGCUGUUGCUGCUGCUCUCGUGACGCCGAAGCGCAGGACAGGAGCACCCAGCUCACCACACCUGACUACUGCCAGGCCCCGCCCUCCUAUGAAGUAAUUAUGAUGCAGGGCGGGUCGGGAAGCCAGGCUGGCGGGUCACGGACAGCAGGAAGGUGGGGGUGGGGGAGAGGGAGAGGGGGCAAUGACGAGCCUCUCAAACGUGACUUCAGCGUCUAUUUCAAGCGCCAUCUUCCCGAAGACUACAUCACCCCGCCCAUGCGACCAUUCGUCACUCCCGGCGCCAGCGAGACGUCCAUCAUCUCCGCCAGUGAGCUGUGGCUGACGGUGGACGGCCUGCCCACCUAUGAGGAGGCGGUGGCGCGCCUGCGGGAGGAGGAGGAAGAGAUGGUGAUGAAGCUGCAGGAGGAGGUGGCGGCGCAACGUGAGGAAGAGGAGGCGAGGACGCGGCUUCAGGAAGAGGGGCUUGUGGCGCAGCAAACGGAGGAGGCGGCGGCGCAACCUCAGUCGGAGUUAUUAGCGCGGCAUCAGGAUUAUGGGAGGGGAUGAACAGACUCCGCACCAUCACAUUGACGGUGACCAUUAGUUACAAUUAUACCAUGGCAGUAUCGGGAGGCAUGUGCCGUGCUAUCUUGAGGCUGGCCGAGCCUUGCGCCGUGUGCUCACGCGCAACCUCAUGUUAACAGUGUACAGUACCAUGUUUGACAGCUGGAACACGACUCCAGCUACCCACACUGAAUAAUUCAUUGUUGUUUGGUUACUUGAAUGUGUGGCUGAGUGUGCUACAUAUACGCCUCGGCAAUUAAUAUCCAAAUGUAUAAAACUGACACAAGACCACCAUUCCAUUGAACCUCAACUAAGUUUUGGAAGAGUAAUACAGUGUCAAGCAUUAAAUGUGCAAACAUCA